CGCACCGUUCCAGACCAACCGAAGGUCAAGCCCGGGUAUAAAACACGGAAGAGGCUCGUUCCUUCCUCGUAAAAUCGCUCUGACUCGCUGCAGACAUGCUCAGGCUUCUGCUGUUGACAAGUCUCGCCGCCCUGGCGCUGGCCGGGCUGGAGCCCGAGCCCCGGUACCUGGAGGACAUCUUUCAAAGAGUCGUGGGAGGCGAGGUGGCCGGACCCAACUCCUGGCCCUGGCAGAUCUCUCUUCAGUACAAAUCUGGCAGCAGUUACUACCACACAUGCGGGGGAACCCUGAUUGAGAGAGGCUGGGUGAUGACGGCUGCUCACUGUGUGGACAGAGUAAGGACGUGGCGGGUCAUUCUCGGUGAACAUGACCUCAACAAAGUCAGCGGCAGAGAGCAGAUCAUGACUGUCAGCAAAGUUCACAUCCAUCCCGGCUGGGACUCUAGCAGUGUGGCGGGGGGGUUCGACAUUGCUCUCCUGCGUUUGACUUCUGAGGCCACCCUGAACUCCUACGUCCAGCUGGGCUCUCUGCCCCCCACCAACCAAAUUCUGCCCCACAACAACCUCUGUUACAUCACCGGAUGGGGUCGCACUUCCACCGGCGGCAGCCUCUCCGCUCAGCUGAAGCAGGCCUACCUGCCUCUGGUCGACCACAAGACCUGCACCAGCUCCGGCUGGUGGGGCAGCACGGUCAAGACCACCAUGGUGUGCGGUGGUGGUGGCGCCGAGGCUGGAUGCAAUGGGGACUCCGGUGGCCCUCUGAACUGCAUGGUUAAUGGGAAAUACCACGUGCACGGUAUUGCCAGCUUUGUGUCCGGUUUGGGAUGCAACGCUCCCAAGAAGCCCACCGUCUUCACCCGUGUCUCCGCCUACAUCGACUGGAUGGACUCUAUCAUGAAGUGAACAAACGAUUCUCCCGCGUUGCCGCACGCAAAGACAGUGCGCGCACAAAACUACUGUGUGUCCUCAUUCGGCUGCACUCAUUCGACAAAAAAUAAAGUGUAUUAAACUUUGA